CUUUUUCAAUACGGUUUUAAUACUUUGCCACUAGAUCUCUUCAUCGUAUCGUUUUAUUCAACUUGUACAUACUCAGUUAAGUCUACAAAUUCAAUAUGAGAGAGAUUAUCAGUGUUCACGUUGGCCAGGCUGGUGUGCAAAUCGGUAAUGCCUGUUGGGAGCUGUAUUGCCUAGAACACGGUAUUCAAUCAGAUGGUUUUCUAACACCCGAAAAACAAGAAGAAAAUGAUCGUGGAUUCUCUACUUUCUUCAAUGAAACGGAAAACGGAAAGUACGUUCCUCGUAGUAUCUACGUUGAUUUGGAACCCACAGUGGUAGAUCAGGUUCGUAGCGGCCGGUAUAAAGAUUUAUUCCAUCCCGAUCAAUUGAUUACAAGCAAAGAAGAUGCUGCUAAUAAUUAUGCUCGUGGUCACUACACCGUUGGUAAAAACGUUGUGGAUAAAGUAAUGGAUUGUAUUCGUAAAUUGGCAGAUAACUGUUCAGGUUUACAGGGCUUCUUAGUAUUUCACUCUUUUGGUGGUGGCACUGGUUCUGGGUUCAGUGCCUUGUUAAUGGAGUAUCUUUCUGUCAGUUAUGGAAAGAAAUCCAAAUUGGAGUUCUCCAUUUACCCUGCUCCUCAAGUUUCGACAUCUGUUGUUGAACCUUACAACUCCAUCUUAACGACUCACACCACCUUGGAACACUCCGAUUGUUCUUUUAUGGUCGAUAAUGAAGCGAUCUAUGAUAUUUGUCGCCGCAACCUUGGUAUCGAACGCCCCAAGUAUGAAAACCUGAACAGAUUGAUUGCUCAGGUCGUCUCUUCCGUCACAGCCUCUCUACGUUUUCAAGGCUCGCUUAACGUUGAUUUAAACGAGUUUCAAACAAACCUGGUUCCGUACCCACGUAUUCACUUUCCCUUGGUUACAUAUUCACCUAUUAUAGCUGAGAAAAAAGCGAGCCAUGAACAAUUCUCGGUUGCGGAGAUUACCUACAACUGCUUCGAAGCUAAUAAUCAAAUGGUCAAAUGCGAUCCUCGCAACGGUAAAUACAUGGCUUGUUGCCUGCUUUAUCGCGGCGAUGUGGUUCCCAAAGACACCAAUGCUGCCAUUAGUAGUAUUAAAACCAAGCGUACCAUUCAAUUUGUCGACUGGUGUCCAACCGGCUUCAAAGUGGGCAUAAGUAGUCAACCUCCUACCGUUGUGCCUGAAGGUGAUCUAGCCACGGUUAGUCGUGCUGUAUGUAUGUUGUCCAAUACCACAGCGAUUGCGGAAGCUUGGGCUCGCUUGGAUACCAAAUUUGAUUUGAUGUAUGCAAGACGUGCUUUUGUACAUUGGUAUGUCGGUGAAGGUAUGGAAGAGGGCGAAUUUACUGAAGCUCGUGAGGAUUUAGCAGCUCUUGAAAAGGAUUAUGAAGAAGUGGCUGCUGACUCCUUAGGCGAUUCUGAAUUUGAAGAAGAAUAUUAAGUUCCAAAAAUUGAAAAUGUUAUGGAUCAUAAAGGUUCCAAAGGGAACUUUGACCUCUCUACUCUUCUUUUGCCGUUUUAUCUUAUGGCCAAUCACUUCUUUCUUUUAUUUGCAAUCUCAAUUCCCUUUAUAACCUUUAAAAAAUAUAAAAGAGCACUAAUAAACUAUUGAAAGCUUUUUGAAAAGAACCAGUGGGAUGGAAAAAAACAUUCCUGAUUUAGAGGUGACUAAGAAACAAAUUGGCAAUAUUCAUUCACAUUAAUGAUUGCUUCGGUGGUUUCAAGACAGAGUCGUG